UAACUGGAUGCGAAAUUCCCUCUCUAAGCCUAUCAGCCACCCAUCUCAAUUCAGAUACUCCCCCAAGUUAUACCUGUCUGCUCCAUACCCUUGCUUUGUUAAAAGCCCUCUCUGAUUACAGUGUAGGCUUCCGAUUCUUGCAGCCUGUUUGAUGAAUGAACGAAUGAAUGGAUGGAUGGAUGGCAGGAGCCGUAACGUGCAAUUGGCCGCUGCUGUUAUGACGUUACUGAGCAGCACGUGCGCGUGUUUGUGCACAGCCUCCCGCCAGUCGAACGCGAGGACGUUUGACGGUUGCAAGCGGCCGGGCGGAGUGCGAGGCCAAGGCAUCCCGGGGACUCUAAAUGGGUGAUCCAGAGAAAGGAAAGAAAAUUUUUGUUCAAAAGUGUGUUGUAUGCCACACAAUUGAAAAAGGUGGAAAGCAUAUGGUUGGCCCAAACCUCUGGGGUCUUUUUGGGCGUAAGACUGGUACUGCUCCAGGAUAUUCAUAUACUGAUGCAAACAAAAAUAAAGGCAUCACAUGGGGAGAAAGCACUCUGAUGGAAUAUUUGGAGAACCCCAAAAAAUACAUUCCUGGAACAAAAAUGCUGUUUGCUGGUAUCAAGAAGAAAAGUGAACGUGCUGACCUCAUUGCAUAUUUAAAGACAGCUUCAUAGUAAAAGCUUUACAGAAAUGCUUAAUUUAACUUCUAAAAUGUGCUUUUUUUUGUUAGCCAUUCAAAAAUUUGGUAACGAGUAAAUUGCUUAAGUAAUUCAUCAACUUCUCUGUUUAGUGCUAACUUGUUAGCUGUUUCUUACGAACUGUAAUAGAAAUGAUUUGAAUAUCUAACAAUUUCAAUUCUAAAAUAAAAUUAGACAUUUUUCAA